AUGCAGACAAAGAGUUUCGCUGCGCUGGCAAUUGUUGCCUUGGGCCAGUUCAUAGCGGGAGCAUCCGCCAACUCGGGCUACGCAGGCAGUUGCACAAAUAUACAGAUAUAUCCUCCCGACGGCAAUACCAACUACUGGAAGAUUGCUGCGGAUUGCAAAAACAAUGCGGGGCAGACCAAUCUUAAUACCAAGAUCAACAUCGACUCAUGUUUUAGCAACUCAAACGGAGCCCUUGUUGCUCAGCUAAAUGGCUCUUUUCACUCGUCUUGUACGAAUAUAAUACUCACAGGCACGGUACUCAGUGCCAGCUGUCGCAACACAGGGGGUGCCAAUGUCAACACAUCGAUAGAUACGAAUAAUGUGAUUGGGAAUGCAGAUGGUGCUCUGUACUGCUUUAACCAGGGAAAUUUAUAG